AUGUCGACUGGAUCCUCUGCAGGCACGAGCGUCGGCCAGAAGGUCAAAGGCGCGUUCCAGACUGUACACGGCAUCGGCGAGAGCAUCCGCGGAAACGCGAUGGACUUUGUCGAUUCGGCGACGGGCACGACCCAACGCGGGCACGCUGCGACGGAGCGCGGCGAGUUUGAGACGCAGAAGGGCAUGGCGAACAUGGAGGGGCGCGCGCAGCCCGUCGGUACCGCGCCCGGCGGCGGCGUGGGCGUCGGCACGGGCCCCGUAGACGCUUCGACCGGGACGAACGCCGCCGCAGGUACUGGAGCUGGGACGGGCCUCGGAGCCGGAACGAACAUUGCUGCUGGCACCGGAGCUGGGACAGGCCUUGGUGCUGGAACGGACACUGCUGCCGGCACCGGUGCUGGAACGAACACUGCUGCCGGCACCG